CGCGGAAGCAAGUGCUAGCUCCGAGUGAAUUUGUUGUAGAACGAUGAUGACAUGGCAACUUUUCCGCACAACACAUCUUCGCGUCCCUCUCACACCCACCGCUUCUCGUCCUCAUGCCUUGCUAACCACUCGCCAAUUUUUGCGCGCGUAGCUCCUCAGCGCUCCCUCGAAUUAUACAGCAUGCAAUGCGACCUCUAAUUUCCCCAUGGGCGGCAACCUCCCUCACCACCGCCUUCCGAUCUCCCGCCCGUCCUCUCGCCCGGACAUGGACCUGUACCCAAUGUCUGCGCACUCAACCUGCAAUCGCAAGCAAAAGCACCUUUUCUAGAACACAGCAACAGGCCUACGAGCAAGCGAGACUUUUCCGGCAGCGCAUCUUCUCCCGCCGCCAUCGCAAGACUGCCAUCACCGCUGCCGUGCUCUUCGUAACAGCAUGCGCAGGUCUAGCUUUCAGCGAGCGCAUUCGCUACCUUUAUAUUGCGGCGGAGAGGAGCGGGCGCGUGGGUGCCGUGCUCGCGCUGAGCGUCAAUGAUUACCGCGUGGUGCUGAAGAAGAGCGAGGAUCCUAAUUACGAUGAGCUGUUGAAGGCGUGUCACAAGCGGUGUGCGGAGAGGACAUUGGAGGCGAUGAAGAAGAACGGCAGCAUCUUUAUCAAACUCGGCCAGCAUUUGACGAGUCUGAACUACCUGCUGCCAGAGGAGUGGUGCGACACCUUCAUCCCUUUGCAAAACGCAUGCCCCGUAACCGGCUUCUCCAAAAUGGACGAAAUGAUCCGCAAAGACACCGGCCACUCGCUCGACGACCUCUUCGCCGACUUCCAGCGCGAGCCCAUAGGCGCCGCAAGCCUCGCGCAAGUCCACCUCGCCACCAUCAAAGAGACCGGCGACCGCGUAGCCGUCAAACUCCAGCACCCGAGCCUCGACGACUGGUCGCAGCUCGACCUCGCCCUCACCCGCUUCACCUUCAACACCCUCAAGCGCUUCUUCCCCGAAUACGACCUCACGUGGCUCAGCGACGAAAUGCAAGUGUCCCUGCCGAAAGAACUCGACUUCCGCGAAGAGGCGCGCAACGCCGUGCGCGCAAAGGAGUAUUUCGCCCGCAGCGUGCCCAACUCCCCGCUCGUCAUCCCCGACGUCCUCUGGGCCCGCCGCCGCAUCGUCGUAAUGGAGUACAUCACCGGCCACCGGGUCGACGACCUCGCCUUCCUAGACGCAAAUGGCAUCGACCGCGACGAAGUCGCCGCCGCGCUCGCGCGCAUCUUCAACGAGAUGAUUUUCGGCUCCGGCGCACCUUUGCACUGCGAUCCGCACGCCGGCAAUCUCGCCAUCCGCCUCAACAACUCCAAACGCCGGCCCCGCAAUUUUGACAUUGUUCUCUACGACCACGGCCUGUACCGCGACAUCCCCACGAAGCUGCGCAGGAGCUACGCGCAUCUCUGGCUAGCCGUCAUCGACGUCGACGAGGCAAAGAUGCGGCACUACGCGUACGAAGUAGCGGGGAUAGGCGACGAUGAGUUCCCCAUUUUCGCCGCGGCCAUUACAGGGCGGGACUUCGACGUCGUGCGCUCCGACGUCUCCACGCCGCGCAACAAGCAGGAGAAAAAGAACAUCUCCGACGCGCUGGGGUCCGGCGAACUCCUCGAGCAGCUCGUGCAGCUGCUAGGCAAAGUGCCGCGCAUCAUCCUCCUGAUCCUCAAAACGAACGACUUGACGCGGAGCCUAGACGAGGGUUUGGAGACGCGGCAAGGCCCCGUGCGCAGCUUCAUGAUCCUCGCGCGCUUCGCGGCCCGCGCGGUGUUUGAGGAGAGCGUCGAGGGGAUUCGGGGGAGUUUGCUGUGGCCGCCGAAUUUGUGGUCGUAUGGGCUUGCGUUUGCCGCGUAUGCGAAGAUUGCGGUCAAGUUGCGGGUGUAUGAGGUUUAUCUUAGUGCUAGGCGGAGACUGGGGUUGCGGAAAGGGGGGGAGGGCGAGGGGGGAAUGGAGGCGUUGCAGGAGAUGAUGUGAGGGUGCAUGUUGUAUUUUGA